CUGGUUCCUUCCUCCUAUCAUCAUCGCGAAAACUUCAAGAUGGACACACCUUCAAUGGGUAGCCCGGCCUGGCUUCUCUCGUUGGGUAACGCUCACAUUGCUGAGUCGGAGCCUACAGCAAACGACCUGGCGCCGGUAUUGCCUUACGCACCACUCGCCACCAACUACAUCACCGCAGACUUCUUUGCCGCUCCGGUGCCUCAGGCGACAUUCAGUCAUCUGGGAACAGACGAUCGCGGAUGUGGCCACCAGAUGGUGCAUUCAUUUCUCAGCAAGGAAGAGUUUGCGCAAGUUCAUCGAGAAGGUUCAAAGAUUGAAAUGCAGAACGAGGAAGCUGGUUACCGUCGAUUCAAUGACACAGCCGCUGAGAGACACGCAUGGGUGAUCUACCCACUGCCGACAUCCACUAGUCUGAUGUCUUCGGAUCUCCAGACUAAGUGGAUCGUUCUGGUGUCGCCCGGGGAGGAGGACGAGGCCUUCCCUGCUGAAGGUGAAGAUUGUUCUGUCGGAAUCCGACACGACUUCGUGGUUAGGGGACAGCACUACAACCCCGGAAUGCUUAAGUCCCAGCGCGUCCCAGUCCCUUUCGAUUUGGAGCAAUACUCGGCCUGCGCGGCGUUUGAGGUUACUCUAGAUUACAUGCGGGACCCCAGGACGAAGAUGCAAUAUCAUCCCUUUGCAUCCAUCGCCAUUCAGAGACAGGACGGCUUUCCGGCUAUUCUGAACCACACCAAUGCUGUCAAAGUUAUUAUUCGGGUAACUCCUCGCCUCCUCACCCAUGAAGUUGAGCUGAGAGCUCUUGAUCGACUUAUGAACGGCAAGAGAGAGAUGUCUCCUCUCGAGAAGAGGGCCAUGGGCACCUUCGACUACAUCCUGGACUUCAGAAAAGAGCCCAAAUUCCGCGUCAAUCUAUUCCAAGAGCUCCCUCAUAUGGAUGACCCUCUCGGAAAUCCCGAGACACCGGAACCCUUGAAGUCCUUUUACAGACAGCUUAACCACGACCACAAGAAGGCCUACGAGCAAUUGCGCAGCAUCCCAGCCGGUCUUCGACUCAUUCUCGGUUGCCCUGGCGCUGGAAAGACGGCUUUGAACGCUUUCAUCGCGACAAUGGCACUCUCUCAAUCCAUCACGGAGGUGGUCAACCAACGGACCGUUAAGAGAACACCAAAGGUACUCUACUUGAUCGACGUCAACGAACCUUGCGAUGAUGCUGCAAACAGGGUGCAUGCAACCUGCAAAGAGGCUGGCUUGAACGUUUUGGUGGUUCGUGUGCGAGGCUGCGCUCGCGAGAUGAGUCGAAGCGCGAAACUUCAUCCAGCCCCCACAACCGACGGCGGGAAGGCUAACACACCUGACUUCUCCCGUGGCUUCCUCAAGCAAGCACAGUUAGCCCAAUGCAUACCUGGGGCGCGACGUGACUUCGACAGAGCGCCUUCUCUGGACGAGGCAGCCUGGGAGCUUUUUGAGGCGAACCCGUCACAGUACAAAGGACUUGAAAAGAUCCUCAAUAAGUUGGUGGUUGACCGUGCCACCAAAACGAGGCGAACAGCCAGCGAGCUCAGAGUCAGAGUUGCGAAGCUCUACUUCGAGGUGAUCAAGAAGGCGGACUUCAUCGCGACCACGCCAGUUGGUGCGUCUGGACAGCUGAGCGAGGACUUCAAGCCCGAUCUCGUGUUCGUGGACGAAGCUGCUCACGCCCGGGAACUUACAUCUCUGAUACCCCUGGCAUUCACUCCGGCUCGAGCCUACAUUUUUACCGGUGAUACAAGACAGACGCGGCCCUUCGUGAAGGGGGCCAGUAUGGUGCCUUCAGAGGUCCGGGAAAAGGGACUUCUCCCCAAUCCCUACGCAAAACAGCUUCGGAUCAGCACCAUGGAGAGGGCAGACCUGGCACAAUCCAUGGAAAGCAAACUUCAGAUCACUCACCGCAUGUAUGGAGAUCUUCACUUGCUCGCAUCUGAUAUCUUCUACGACGGGCUCCUCACCUCUGGAAUGGUCCAAGCCGAACGGUUCUCCCCUGCAGUUCAGCAUGUUCAACGUUGGCUCAGGCAGUUCAUUCCCGACCUAAGCAGUCCAGUUCCUCGAAUCCUGAUCCACCACCAAGGAGCCCAGGAGUGCAUGGACCGCAGAAGCUUCUACAACCCUGUCCACGAGGCUUUCAUCAAACAGCGUUGUCUUGAGCUGCUAUGCGAUGAAAACUUCAAGCGUGUCGAUAAGCCAGAUCAGGCCGGCCGCAUACUCAUCAUCACACCUUACAAGGCUGCUCUAGCUCGCUACAAGCAGUUCACGACAGAACUGCCACCUCACUUUCGUGGUCGACUCGAUGUCGAAAUGCGCCACGAAGCUAUGGAAGCACGGACUGUCGACUCUGCGCAAGGUCAUGAGGCAGACUUUGUCUUCGUGGACACCGUUCGCACAAAGACUGCUGGGUUCCUCAACGACCCUAAGCGCCUAUGCGUUAUGCUCACAAGAUCAAGAAUCGGCGAGAUGAUUCUGAUGCACGAGGGUAUGACGACCAAGAUGACACGGGGUGUCAUGGUUGAUGCGGAAUGGACUCGGAAGUUCUGUAAAACGCCGCUCGUCAGCAGCCCCUCAUCGACAGCGUCGCCGACAGUAACAUACAUCACGGGCGUCCCUCCCGAGUCUCUCACGACCAUCGUGGAGAGCCAAAUUGUCGACGUCACCGUCACCGACCUCGACAACAAAGUCAUCACAGGCGUCUUGAUGGCUACGACGGUCGUCAGGUUGAAGGAUGCGGUGAUCACAACCUCGACGACCUCGGCUUCCGUCACUGGUCCCACGACCAGCGCGGCAUCGCUGACACCAGAUCCCACCCCGCCGGCAAGCAAAGCGUGGAUCGCUGGCCCCGUCAUCGGCGCAGUAUUCCUUGUCCUGCUGCUUCUUGCAGGCUUCUGGUUCAUUCAACGACGGAAGAAGAGAAGGGCGGCGAUACCGACGACCACAACCGACGACGUCGACGAUAAGGAGAAGUACGCGAAGGCUGAGCUCCAUGCAGAGCACACCCCACGGCCUGUUCCUAUGGAGUUGGAAGGCUCCUACCCGGAUCCGGUACCAGAGAUGAGCGUCAAUGAGGUCCCUGCUCAGGAGAUCGGACGCAAAGAUUUCGAACCGACCAGAGUCUCGCUCGUCGAUACCUCUUCUGGGAAAUACUCGAACUGGACCGUCAAGAAAAGCACGAUGACAGACCCGAUCGUGACGGACACGGAUCUGUGGCCUGCCCAACCAACCUCCCGGGCCGCGACUGCUCUCGUCGUCAUCAUCACGCGCCCGACUGCGCAACAGAAGCCCAUUCGAACCAUCACAGCGCCUGGGGUUACAAUCAACAAAGUGUCCACCGGCACGGCUAGAGAGCUAUCGUCGAUUCCGCCGCCCCUGAGCAUAUCCAGUGGGUUUGUGACGGUGACUGUCACCGAGUUGAGGGGUGACGAGAAUGCUUCCACGACGGCGAGCAGCAGCACAAACAUGGCCUGGAUCGCGGGCCCCAUCGUCGGCGGUGUACUUAUCAUGAUACUCCUUCUUGCCGGACUAUGGUUCCUGAGGCGACGGCGCAGAAAGCAAACACUCAGUGAACCAAUCUUUGAGAUCGAGGAGAGCCAUCGGAAUAGAACCCCGGUAAUACGCACAUACUUUCCGAUACAGCCAGCCAUGGAGCUCGAGGGUUGUAGUCCCAAGACCGUUACAGAGAUGAGCGCCGAUGAGAUCUCUCCGCGCGAGCUGUACGUGCCCGGCCGUCGCCCUGUCUACGAGAUGUCAGUGAAGAAUGAGAGACCAAGCACCUGA